AUGAUUUUUUCAAUCGACCUGCUAUCAGCCCCAAUACCAAUACCGGGAUCAAUAUCAAUACCCCAAUGCAGCUUUGGUAUUGUGACACCCCUAUCUAAAUCCAACUCCAGUCAAAUCCAAAUCCAAAUCCAACUCCUGUCAACUCCAGUCAAAUCCAAAUCCAAAUCCAACUCCUGUCAACUCCAGUCAAAUCCAAAUCCAAUUCCAGUCAACUCUAGUCAAAUCCAAUUCCAGUCAACUCCAGUCAAAUCCAAAUCCAAUUCCUGUCAACUCCAGUCAAAUCCAAAUCCAAUUCUUGUCAACUCCAGUCAAAUCCAAAUCCAAUUCCUGUCAACUCCAGUCAAAUCGAAUUCUAGAAUUGGAUUUGGAUUUGGUGCACCCCUAUUGUAG